CGCCUGCACCGAAGCGAGCAGUUUAUUCCUGGGAAACUCCUGGCUGGCUGGUCGGUCGCUCGGUUCUCUGGAAUCUAAGAGCCUCACCUGGGACAGCAAAGUGUCAGGCCAGCAGCGGACUCCUGUUGAUCGAGAACGGGGAGGCAAGCCGGAGCGGCGUUUUUCCAGGGCGGGCUGCCCUCUGUGGCAUGUGACAACCCCUUCCCUGCCACGGGACACGGCGGUGGUCUAGAAGCAUUGCGGUGAGUGCCAUGCCGGUGGAGACCCUCCAAGCCACCCACGCCAUGAAAGGCGUCCCGGCCGCUGCCCCCUUCACCUCGGCCAUGCCGUUCCGAAUCCUGAACAAGGGUCCUGAGUACUUCCGGCGGCCGGCGGCCAGCGCUGCCGCCAAGAAGCCCAGCGCGGUGGAGAGGCUGGAAGCGGACAAGGCCAAGUAUGUCAAGAGCCAGCAAGUGGCCAGCACGAGACAGGAGCCGGUGAGGGCUCUGUUCCUCAAGCAGCCCCUCUUCACCCCAGGGGUGCGGCGGGUGAUGCUCACCCCCAGCCGGAAGACCCCGCAAGGAGGACGCCGGGCGGAGGCGCGCGGCGCCGCCAAGACCUCCCUGAACCUGGAGAUCCUCAACAACUUGAUCAACAUCUGCGACAGCCCGUUGUCAUUCCCCAAGCCGGAGAAGAGCCCCGCAGAGCACAAGUGGGGGGCAGGAGGCCAGGGUUGGAGCCCCGGGAGCCUCCCGGAUACCCCAAGGAAGAAGGGCCACCCGGCGGAAGGCAUGAGCAAGCUGUCCCAAAGCUCGGCCUCCUCCAAGCCGCCCAGCACGGUCGCCGUGCGCAGGGUGGACGUCCGGCCGUGCGGGGCCUUGAGGGCGAGGGUAGUCCCCAGUAUCCAGCUGACGCCGAUCCCCUCCUCCCCUGCGCAGGCCAAAAUCCUGUCCACCGGGCCCCUGAGCUCCCCCAGCCCCCGCGGCGAGCUGCGGACAGACAGCGCCAGGCGCCAGACCUUGCUGCACCGCUCCAAAUCGGACCUGAGCGACCGGUACUCCCGGGCGACGGCGGACCUUGAGCGCUUCUUCAACUACUGUGGCCUGGACCCGGAGGACAUGGGGGACGUGGAGGUGGAGCGCUUCACCCGGGCCAGUUCGGACAUUGUGUCCGUCAAGUUCCACAGCGUCAGCACGGCCAGCUCGGAGGGCACCCGCUCUCGCCGCAGCGCCGUCACCUUGGAGGAGAGGCAGGCUGAGCGCAUUCCUUAUGGCAUCUCCAUCAUUGAGCGCAACGCCCGGGUCAUCAAGUGGCUGUAUGGACUACGGCAAGCCAGAGAGUCCCAAAAGGUAUCCAACGUAUAGCGGUACUUUGGCGGGCUCCAACAGGAAGCGAGGAAAACAAACAAACUUUCCCCACCCCACUGUGUGUGUUUCAGUGUGUGUUUUUGAUAUUUACUGUUGGAGGGAAAACGUUGGCAACUGUUGCAUGGGUUUUGUGCGUGUUCCUUUUGAGAAAUGUCUGGUCUGCCUUGGGGUAGCGGGGUGGUUCUGAUGAGGUGUCCCAUAAUUUAAAUCCCUGCAGAAAAUCCACCUGGGGAAGAGAAGUAUCUGGGCUCCUUCUGAAUCUCCAAAAGGAAGAGAGUUCAUUAGAAUGUCUUUUCCAGGAGUGAGAAGCCCAGAGCAAGCAGGUUGCUAGAUUCUUGCCAAGUCCUGUAGGGGUUCCAUAAGGAUGGAGCCCCCUGAAUAUGUGGUCAUUGUUACAACAGGAGGAAGCAACCCAUUGGAGGAGGGAUCUGCAAACUUCCAGGUGUUGCUGGACUCCAACUCCUAUCCGCACUGACCAUUGCCCACGUUUGGUGGUGGUGAUGCUCUGAAAAUGUGGGGGUCCAUUACUACCAAGUGCAGUCAAUUCUUAAGCCAGACAUUGCUGUUUUAAUUCCCAAGGUCUUGGUCGCACCCGUUUGUGUGCUAAGCCUUGGGAAUCUGUGCAGCACAGAGCAGACAGGGAUAAGCUUUUGCAGAAGCAACAAUGGGAUUGUUAACAAUGGAAAUCUUAACGGCUGAGAGGGCUGUUGAAAAAAGCCCCACCGGGUCUAUUGUGAGAGAGGCGGAAGAAUGCAAGCUGUUUCUGCAGGCGCCCAGGAAAUACCUGCUUGGGCCUGCAAGCCCAGGAAAUAGCCAAGCACCCAUUGACCUGUGGUGGCAUUCUGCCCUGGAAGUUCCCCCUCCCCAAAGACCCAGACUGGGCAAUCCAGUAGAGUCUCGUCCCAAGGUGCCCAAAACAAAGGGGAGUGAAUGAUGGGGUGCUGAUAGCAUCCUUGAGGAUGUAGCAACUGCUUUUGCAACCCUUUGGUAAUGUGGAGGUGUCUUCUGGGUUCAGGGGUCUGUGUUGUUAGCCAGGAAGGUGUGUGGACCUCUCCCCCCAGGCUUUAGGGAAAACCCCUCGUUUCCAACAGCUUGUGCUUGGGGGCACGUGGCGCCGAGUCUUCCAUCAAACAACCGCCGCCCGUGAUGCAACCAUCCACGUCCAUCUCCUAUUGUUUCUGAUGCUUGCCAAGCAAGAGCUCUCUGCCGGGGUGGAUGACAUGGAAUAAACUGGCUGUCAUCAGCCACCAGGUUUCCCAAAAACCCUAAGCCUAAUUUUCGCCAUCCUAAACCUUUGCAGAGGUGACUUGGGUCAUACACGUCUUCUUAAAACCCCUUUUAAAGAAAGAUAAUUGAGAAAUGCGUUUGGUGAUUAAACCAGACCGUGGACCCCUCUGAAUUGUUUGCAGAAAACAAAGGCUGCCUUUCUGUCCAGGCUCUCCUGGGAGAAAAUUUUCUCUCCCAGUCACCAACUGAGCAAUAAAGGGACAUUGAAGGGGCAUGGACUGAAUCUCCUCAUGUUUUGGGGACACUCGCUGUCCUGCCUGUUCCUUGAAGGAUGCAGCUGGCUAACGCACAGCUCUUUUGACUCUGUUCCAAUACUGCGAAACUGUUCGCAGGUGUGCUUCCACCUGUCUGGUGUUUGUGCAUUUAUUCUCCUCCGAAGGCUUGAGCUCAAAGCAGAUAAUAGCUCUCCUCUGCUUCCACCAUGUUUCCAUAACUGGAUGUUGUUUUAUGUGUGAUUAUCUCACCUCUUCUCCAAUAUGAAUGGGGGGCUGCGAACUCCCCUUUGGAGGGGUGAGCCGAAGAACGCACUGGGAAAGUGUUGGGACCCACAGUUUCUGGUAGGGUUGUAUUUGCCCCCGCCCCCCAAUUGUCUCGAGUCUUGCUCGGCCAUAGGAUUUCCUGUUAGGAAGGGGAGUCAAUUUUGGUGCUCAUCACUUUGGCUAGAGUGGGUCUCCUGUCUAAUAAAGAAUAGCUGCCCCGUCCCGUACUGGUGACACGCAGGGAGCAGGGAAAAGCUGGAGGGUGAAGACAUCCAGACUGAAAAAUGAAAAAAAGCAAUUCUUUUUCUCCAGGACCUGAUGCAGAAGAUAGCCAUCAGUAGUGGGUUUAUACCAGGCAAACCUGCCGCUCUCCUGAUGUUUCCAGGACUACAACCCCCAUCAUUCUUCCCCAGUAGCCAUGCUGGCUGGAGCUGAUGGGAUUUGUAGUCCAGCAAUACCUUGAUAGCCACAGGUCCUUUGUCUCUGGUGGAUACAGAUCUGUAACAGUCCGGCAGGAACAGAAUUUGGCCAGGAUGUUUAGCAAUGCAGCCACCCACCUCUAGUCACCUUCCCCAACUUUGGCUACAUUUUUAGUGUGUGUGUGUGUGUGUGUGUGUGUGUUUGCGUAUGAGUGCAACUCCUUCUCUUUGUAUUUCGAAACUCUGAGCCUGUUUGCAAUGAAGUUGCCCAAACUUGUUAUUUAUAUAAUGUUUCUUUGUAUUUGUUCUUUCCAAGUUUGUAUAUUAUUUUGUGCCCACGGUUGUCAAGUUUAGCUAGGAAGGGAAAGGCGGGGGAGAAAAACAAAAACCCUGUCAACUUAUUUGCAUUAAAGUCUUGUUCUUUAAAGAA